AUGUUUGAUUCAAUUGAAGCAGCAUUAGAUGAUUUCCGAGUGGGGCGUUUUGUUAUUAUAAUGGAUGAUGAAACACGUGAAAAUGAGGGAGAUUUAGUGCUUGCAGCACAGUAUAUGACUCCUGAGAAGAUGGCAUUUAUGGUUCGAUAUACAAGUGGACUUGUUUGUGUACCAUUAACAGCGGAGCGUUUGGAUUUAUUAGAUAUUCCUAUGAUGGUUGCAUGCAACACAGACAAAAUGAAAACGGCAUAUACAGUAACAGUUGAUUUUAAUGAAACAUCAACCGGAAUAUCAGCACGAGAUCGUGCUUUGACAGUUCGAAUGCUUGUUGAUCCUUCUGUAACGGAUCCUCAGUUGUUUAAUCGUCCUGGACAUGUACUUCCAUUAAAAGCAAGAGAAGGCGGUGUGCUUGUUAGACAGGGACAUACAGAAGCUGCCAUUGAUGCAGACAUGUGUAAGCUAAGUGGGCUACAUCUAGGUGCAGCAAUAUGUGAACUUGUAAAGGAAGAUGGUUCUAUGUCACGAAGAGAUGAUUGUUUAAUUUUUUCGAAAGAAUAUAAUAUUAGGAUUAUUACAAUUCAUUCGCUGAUUGAAUAUAUUCAAUCAAAGAAUGAAAAAUAA